GAAGGAAGCGUGACGGAGGAGACUUAAGGGGGACCUCACACUCACCUUCUCACUUUCUCUCCCGGGUGACGGAGAAGACGUAAUUCCAUCCAUCGGUUCUCCCACCGGUCAACUCACCCCUCCCGCAUUUGUCUCUGUUCGACCCUCCCUCCUGCUCCGCCGUCUCCGGAAUGAAUACCUCGGAACAGGACCGCCCUCUCCCCAAUCCCCCGCCCACUGUCCGCCUGCAGCCGCCCUCCCCGUGCCUCCCCAUGAUCACUAACCCGACCUCCGGUGCCCAGCGCAAGGUUGCUAUCGCCGUUGAUCUGAGCGACGAGAGCGCCUACGCCGUCCGCUGGUCCGUCCAGAACUACCUCCGCCCCGGCGACGCGGUGAUCCUCCUCCACGUCCGCCCCACUUCCGUCCUAUACGGCGCCGAUUGGGGCGCCGUACAAAAACAGCAGGCCGGGGACGACCGGUCGGAUGAGCAGGUCGAGUCCGACUUCGACGAUCUCACCGCCUCGAAGGCCAAGGACCUGGCGCAGCCGCUGGUUGAGGCUCAGGUGCCGUACAAGAUCCACAUCCUGAAGGACCACGACCUGAAGGAGAGGCUGUGCUUGGAGGUGGAGAGGUUAGGGCUCAGUGCGAUGAUAAUGGGGAGCAGGGGGUUCGGUGCGGCCAGGACCAGGAGGAAGAGUAAGCUGGGGAAACUUGGGACAGUCAGUGAUUACUGUGUGCAACACUGUGUCUGUCCAGUUGUGGUGGUACGGUAUCCUGACGACAAGGAAGGCAACGGCAGCGUCAGUGGUUGUGGGGCUGAGGAUGGAGGAAAGGAGGCUGAGCUUCAUCCCGUGCCAGAGGAGGACGACCAGGAGUAUCACGACGUCACCGAUGAAUACAAAGAUGCUUGAGGAACACGUGAUUCUUCGACCUUUGCCACGGAUCAGAAAAAUGAUCCGGUCAAACACAGAAUGGAAGGUUUGGAGAGAUUGGAAAGGGUUUGAUGGAUGAUCUUGUUUCUGGAAUGGAGUUCAGACUUGUAAAUGAAAAGUUUCUAUAAGGACUUGCAGGUCCACACCAUUGUUCUAGUCUUGUCGAUGUAAUUUCCCUCUUCGGAAUACCCAGAGAUCCGAUUAGAUAGAUGAUUUACUUGUAUGGCCAUAAGGUUUCUUAGGAGCACAACUUAUGUACAAAAGUAAAAAUAAAAAAUAAAAGCAUUUGAAGCGACCGGUAAUUUUGUUUGCGA